CGAACCCGACACCCACCAGCCCUUCACCACCGCCUGUGAGUCGGUCUCUGACCUCGCUUCUCACCCUCCUUCAGUCUACUCUCCCAUCCCAUCACAUCACAUCCCAGGAAACAGAAUACGAGUUGGUUGGUGGCGACAUGGCCGUGCAAGCGCAGUUCGGCGGCCUCGCCGCCGGGUGCCUGCUUCCCUACGGCGGCGGCGGCGGAUUGGCCGAAGAGCAGCUGCACCUGCAGGCGCUCCUAUCGGCCGCCGCGGGCAGCAAGGCGGCGCAGCAGCAGCGCCACUGCGCGGCCGGCGUGGCCAGCGCCGCGCAGAGCGAGCUGACGUGCAACGGCGUCGUCGGCUUGGGAGGCGUGGUGGCGUCGCGGAAGCGCGGCAGGGACGGCGAGCUCGAGGAGUACCAGCAGUACGUGCCGCCCUCGUCGACCGCGCUGCUCCCGAUCCCGGGGGCGCAUCAUCAGAGGCCGGCAGCGGGGAGCGUCCCGAUGGCUGCGGCGACGGCGACGACCAGCGGGCGCGCGCUGCUGGUGGUGGUGGCGGAGGCGGAGCUGCGGCGGCAGGGCGCGGAGGUGGACGCGCUGGUGCGCGCCGGGUGCGAGCGGCUGCGCGCGGGCCUGGAGCGGGCGCGGGGGCGGCAGCGCGAGGCGGUGGCGCGCGCCGCCGCGCGCGCGCUGCGGGAGAAGGAGGCGGAGCUGGCGGCGGCCCGGGCGCGCGCGGCGGAGCUGGAGGAGCGGCUGCGGCUGGCGGCCGCCGAGGCGCAGGCGUGGUGCGGCCUGGCGCGCAGCAACGAGGCCGCCGCGUCGGGCCUGCGCGCCACGCUCGACGCCCUGCUGCUCCGCUGCGCGGGCGCCGCCGGUGGUGGUGCCACUGGUGGUGCGGCGACGCGGCCCGCCGCCACCGCGGCCGAGGAAGUGGAGGAGGGCUUCGGCGAGUCCGGCGGCACGGACAACGACGCCGAGUCGUGCUGCUUCGGCGGCGACGCGGCCUCCCCCGCGAGGUGGGCGUGGUGCCGGGCGUGCGGCGAGCGGGAGGCGUCGGUGCUCCUGCUGCCGUGCCGGCACCUGUGCCUGUGCAAGGCGUGCGAGCCCCGCACGGACGCCUGCCCGGUCUGCUCCGGCGCCAAGAACACGGCCAUCCACAUCGCGCCCAACUGAUGGCGUCGGCUCCGGCGAUCUCGGGCAGCGCCACUAAGUAACCGCACCAGUUUACGUUACGCGAGCACAGUGAUUAGUAGUUGUAUAUGUAGUGGUAGGUUACAGUAGGUUAUAGGGGCCGAUUAACCGCGUUCGUUUCUCCACUGGUCUCUGGUGUUCGUCCAAACAUGCCCUUGGUGUUUCGCUCGUCCAUCAUGCAUGGCUUGCCAUGGUUCUCGGCGGAUCAGUGUAAAGAUGCCGUGUACCAUCGACGAAGCGAUCAGCUAGCCUCCGUUUUCCCAGCAGGUGGACACAAACACACACGUAGUACUACUGUAUUCAUCAAUGUGCGGUUGGAUGGCGUCGUGGUGGCAACGCAGGUCAUGAAUGGAGCAGUAGUAUGCUUCCUGCCUGCCACUCGUUGUCUGUCUGCAGGUGUACAAAAUGAAAAGGAAAAAAAAAGGAAAGCCCAGCCGUUUCAGCA